AUGAAUAAUACCUAAACAUUGCUAACUCAACAAAUUCUCGAUUAUUUGAACUAUUAUACGACCUACAUACCAAAUUACAAUGAUCUCAAAUCACUUUCAAGAGAAUUUAUUCAACAGUACUCGAAUCGUAAAUAAAUGCUUUAAACUAAACUUAAUUUAAGCAACAUCAAGCAGUUAGAUAUUUCAACAAAGAUUGAACAUUCAUAAUAAUAGAAUCUUACAUAUCACACAUAAUUUGCACAAUUAUAAUAAUCAUAAGAAUAGAUCAUUUAAUAAAUUGACAAUAAACAAGCUGAGUUAGUUUAAUUAGAGAAAAGAUAAUCAUUUAAAAAACCUUAUUCUAAAUAGUAAAAACUACUUGAAUUAGUUGAAGGUCUUGAAAUUUGUGAAAAUACAUUGGAAACAGUGAAAUCUGAAUUCAAUGAAAAUCACAAAAUUAUCGAAUGGGAAUCUUCCCUGAAUUAAUAAUUAAAAUAAACUUAUGAUAAAGUAAUUCUUAUCGUAUUAUUAUUAAGUUGCAAAAAUAAAAUGAAGAAAAUAUUUAAACCAUCAAUUAACUCAAUUAAUCCAUGUCAAAUAACAAUAAGAAAAUUAUUAAACUUUUGUAAUUAAUCUCUGAUCUCAGAUAAAUGAUAGUUAAUUAAAAAUCCACAAAUCAAUCAAAUUAAUUCCCACUCUAAGUUGAUGAAAUUAGUAUUUCUAUAAAAAUCUAUUUUAGAAAUAAUUGAAUCUAUUAUUGAAAAAAUUGAAAAUACAAAGCUUCCAGGUAAAGAGUAAUAAGAACAUGAAAUCCUCAAUUCUGUUUAGCAAAUGAUACACUUAAAAGAACAAUAAAAUGGCAUUAAAAUUAAUUUACCAUUAAAAUUAGAAUAAACAGAAGAUUUAGUAACUUGUGAUCGCACUUUUAGCACCCUAAGAUUAUAAAAUAGUGUAAGAAUAAAAGCUAAUGAUAUUUUACCUUAAGCAAGGAUUAGAACAGAAGCAGAUGAAAAAAUAGAAUAUGCUUGUGAAAAGAGGAUUUCUACAGAUUGUGGAUUUUAUGAAGAAGACGAACAUAAUAAUGAAGAUAUUUAAUUUUCGAAAGUUCCUUUUUAAUCAAAGAAAAGUUUAAAUUGUGAAAGAGCCAAAAAGAGAAAAUAAAGUUAUAUUUCAGUAGCUUCAUUUUCAUCUGAAGCAUCUAGCAAUAAUAAAUACAUAAAUUUAUAAGAUGAAUUAAAUUAUUUAGGUGAAAUUAAUGAAUAUUAUUGCACUAGAAAAUUCAUUGAUGAUUAAUUGAUAAUUGCACCCUGCCAAACACCUUUAGAGUAAUCUAUAGAAAUUCAUCCAAAAUAAUAGGAUCCUGUACAAGAGAAACCUAAAUGUUAGUCUAUGAUUAAAAAGAUAUUAGGAGUCGGAUUAGGAAUAGGGUUGAGUUUCGCUUGCUAUAAGUUUUUUAAAAAAUGAC